AUGGCAAUAUCUUUAUCAGAAUCAGAGGAACUUUUCAUCCCAGAAUAUACUAAAAAGAAGCAAUCAAAUGCAAUUCAGUGCCUAAAGCAGCCCUUUGACAAAAUUCAACUAACCAAGCUACUAAUUAAUACGCUUCAUGAGCUUGGUUAUGAGAAGUCAGCAAUCCAGUUGCAAAAAGAGAGCGGUGGGAUUCAGGUAGAAUCCACAAUUGUUCAAUCUCUUUUUGAGUUGAUCAAAUGUGGUCGUUUUGAAAGAUGUACAGUUCGACUUUUGUUUCAAUUACCUUUGGUGAAUGGAGAUUUAUUCCACCUGUUAUCUUCUAAGCAGAUCAAAAAGAAAGAGGAUAGCGGUACUAUUAAAACUGAGAGAUCAGCGGUUGAAAAUGAUGCGAAGUUAGUUGGGGCUUUGUUAGAACAGUAUGAAAAUCUUCACCAGUAUGUUCAGAGGCUGACAGCUUAUGAUGCAGAAGACGUUUUAAAGUUGACUAUGAUAAUGGAAAUAUUUGUAUUAGUACUGAGGCAGGUAUUUAUAGAAUUGGUGUUUGUGAAGAAGGAUAAAAAACUGGCUCUGGCGUUUUUGCGGUCUGUCCUGAGGCCUGCUAUUCAAGUGUGGGAUUCGUUACUUACAAUCCAAACAGUACCUGCAGCCGAAGAGACCGCAGAUGAUUGGCCUAUGAAUCCAGAUACAACGUUGCUUCAGAUGACCACUGUGUUAACCUGCCCCCCUGAUUCUCCAGAAGCAAUGGAGAUAUGGGGUGGCUCUUUGGAGGUAUCCAGGCAAAUGAUGCUGGACCAAAUUUCGCAGUACAUUAAUCCAAAUGAUUUGGUACCUCGCGGUAGAUUAAUUACCUUGCUAAAACAGGCUGUGCAAUUCCAAAAGUCUAGUGGUUUGUUAAGUUUUACGGAGGAGAAAAAUUCAUUUGGUAACUCGUCCGCUAAUGAUAAUUACACAUAUAAUUUGUUGCAAGAUAAUGUUGGGUCGUUUAACAUGUUUAACUUUAGCCAUGUUAAGACGCUUUCUGAAAAUAAAGAUGAAAUCUGGUACUUACAAUUUUCACCUGAUGGUAAAUACUUGGCAAGCGCUUCUGCGGACUCGUCCAGUGAUCGCAAAGUUCUUAUUUAUGACGUACAGAACAAUUUCCAAGUAUACAAAGUGUUGGCAGGGACGGAACAGUCAGUAUUAUAUCUGAGUUUUUCCUGUGAUAGCAGGAAUGUUGUAACUUGUUCUUUUAACGAAAAUGUCAAGGUUUAUGAUAUUCAUACUGAUGGACAGACAUUACAAAGUGACGAGGGGUCGGCACCUAAUUCUAUUGCUCCUCAAGUAAUAGAGCCUGUUCAUUCGAUAUCUAUUACGCUCAAUGAAACUCCGUCUUCGUCAAUUUCCAGUGCCUCAUCUAACACAAAAUUGCGUAUUUGGUGUUCAACAUGGUUUCACACCAAGCCUGAAUUGAUUGCCCUAGGAUCUACUGAUCGUGAAGUGGUGAUUUACAAUUUGGAAACUUAUUCUGUUUUAUGUCGAUUGUCUCAAACUUACCAAAAUUCCUUGAACGCUACAAAUCAUGCUGCUUCCGCUUCACCGCCCCCAACAGCCACUGAUUCUUCAAAGGACCAAUUUUUGAGAGUCCAUGCGGUUAGCAUUUCUCAUGAUGAUAAGUAUUUACUUUGCAUGAGCAACGAAACCUAUAUUGAUGUCUAUGACAUUUCUGAAGUCAGUGUGAAUUCAACUAAUAGUCAAGAUAUUAAAACGCCUCGUAUUUCUAGGUUAAAUAUCGGCAAGAGAAUGACCUCAAUGAGCGGACCUGUUGGCCCGGAUUAUUCUCUAUUGUUAAUUAGCGUCCAAUCUCAAGAGUUACAAUUGUGGGAUUUCAAAAGGCAAAUAAUGGUCCAAAGAUAUGUUGGCCAAAGGCAAGUUGCAUAUAUUAUUAGAUCAUGCUUUGGAUAUGGUGAUAGUCUCGUAGCUAGUGGUUCAGAAGAUGGGAAGAUCUAUAUUUGGGAUAGAUAUUUUGGCAAUAUAAUUGGCGUCCUUUCUGGGCACACGCUAGGGAGACCGGACAUUUCUAGGAACAGAAACAUUCCUAUGAAUAAGAUUUGUAACGUAGUAACAUGGAAUCCUGUGAACACAAGAUUAUUUGCCUCUGGUGGUGAUGACGGCCUAGUAAAAAUUUGGAAGUUAGAACCAAAUUAA